AUGGGGCUGUUUCCGGUGUCCUGCUCAAUAGUUGCUACGUCUAUCACUGGAAUGGGAACUGUUGGCUUAGCAGCUGAGGCAUAUGCAUUUGGAAUUUACAAUCUUAUGGCCUGGUAUACGAUGACUGCUGUAGGAAUUGUUACGUCCUGCAUUUUCUUGCCAGUUUUCUCCGAACUGAAGCUUACGUCGACAUUUAAAUACUUCGAACUGCGCUUCAAUCGAAGAGUUAGGCAGCUUGCAAGUGGCCUAUUCCUGUUGACUGGACUGAUCUAUCUUCCAUUUACAGUCUACGUUCCUGCUUUGACCUUUCAACGUGUAACAGGAGUAGAUCUUUACUUGACUGUAACCGUUCUAUCCUUGAUCUGUGCAGUUUAUACGGCUAUAGGGGGAUUUAGAGCAGUCAUCUGGACAGAUGUUGUUCAACUAGGUCUCAUGAUCGUCUCACUUAUUAUCAUGAUAACUGUGGGAAUUAAUUCAGCAGGAGGAAUACAGAAUGUUUACGAAGCCGGCUCCAGAGGAGAAAGACUUCGAGUCUUCAAUACAACAAAUCACAAUGCAAGAAAUUCAAUAUGGGGUCCAUUUUUCUCAACAGUCUUUCCAAUGAUCUAUCAGUAUGGCCUCAAUCAAACUAAUAUGCAAAGGUAUAUGUCCUUUCCAAGUUUGAAGGAGAUGAAAAGAUCAGUAUGGAUUCUUGUUGCGGUAUUCUAUAUCUAUGGUGGUUUAGCAGCACUCCUAGGUGUUAUUGUGUACGCCAACUAUGAGACUUGUGAUCCAUUUAGAGCAGGCUUCAUCAGGAAGAUUGAUCAGAUCCUUCCGCACUUUAUCCAAGAAAAAGCUUCUCUUUUUCUAGGCUUUAACGGAAUCUUCAUAGCUGGUGUCUUUUCCGCGGGACUAUCCACCACGUCUUCUUAUCUGAAUACAAUGAGUGGGAUUUUUUAUGAAGACUUUAUAAGUCAGACGUAUCCAAGGAUUCAAGGGAAUACAGCAGGAAGAAUUAUGAAGGGAACUAUCCUCAUACUUGGCGUCCUGCAGAUUGGCUUGAUUUUCUUCAUUGAACGAAUGGGGACAAUUGUUAAGAUUUCCAUGCAAUGUCUCUCCCUCAAUGCUUGUGCUCUUCUUACGCUCUUUGCUCUUGGAUUGUUUGCACCCAAAUCAAACAGUAUUGUAAGUUCACAAUUUUCCACGCAGAACUUCACACCAAUUUUAAUUUUUCUACUUUUAGGGCGCAAAAGUUGGAGCUAUCGCUUCGAUCGUUAGUAUUUUUACAUUAAUUGUCGGGAGUAUUAAUCAGAAACCCGAAGCUAUGCUUCCUUUUCGAACUGAUGGUUGUGAAAAGUUGAAAAAUUUAACGAAUCUUCUUGAUCUGACAACAAUGAGCCCGUUAACGGCAACAUCUGAUACUACUGAAGAUAUUUUCUGGCUCUUCCGCAUUAAUUAUGUCUACUACGGUCUUAUUGGAACAACUAUUGGCCUUACUUUUGGAUACAUAACAAGUUUACUAACUGGAGGCAAUGUAGUUGAAGAUCAGAAACUUCUUGCUACAUUCCUGAGGAGGCAACGUCUUCAAGAGGAAGAAAUGGUACUGAAGAGGACUGAUGCGUUGUAAAAAUUCUG